AUGUCUCAACAAAGAGAAAACCAAAGAGGAAUAGUUUCACAAACAACUACAACGACUGCCUCGCCUAUUUUAAAGCUACGAGCUCAAGAAAGACAAGCUCGUGACGUCUCUUGGGAUGCAAACGUCGUUGAUAAUGAACAUCUAAAUAAGAAAAAGACAAAAAUAUGCUGUAUAUUUCAUCCAUCAGAUCGGAACUGUGAUGAAGAAGAUAGUUCAAGUUCCAGUGACUCGUCUAGUGAUUCUUCAGAUAAUGAAGAGGAUGAUAAAAACACGAAGAUAGCCCCGAAAUCUAACAAUAAUAAAAAAAAGUCAAAACCUAAUGCGUACGAAGUUCAGCCCCAUUACAAAAACCAAUCAAAGGUGCCCGGAAAAUGA